UAUGACAUUGUGGGAUAAGAAAACUCUACAAGAGAACACAGUUGAAAAUUCCAACCAUAGCAGUGCAUUUAAUAUUUCUGCAUCUGACUCCAUUCACAACAAGUCCUCUCUGCUGGAUGUUAGCGCUUCUCUGAAGCUCAGUUUCUGCAGUGGACUGAUUGAAGUCGGCGGAUCUGCCAAGUAUCUGAAUGAUGAGAAGAAAUUCAAGAAUCAGAGCAGAGUGACGUGUCAGUACAAAGCCACCACCAACUUCAAAGAGUUGUCAAUGAUUAACAUCAUAACCAUGGACACCAAACAGAUAGAUGUCAUUAAGAAGAGCGGCGCAACACAUGUGGUCAUUGGGAUCCUGUACGGGGCAAAUGCUUUCUUUGUGUUUGACAGUGAGAAGUUAGAAGCCAACAAGGUUCAGAGCGUCCAGGGCAGCAUGGAAGCUGUGAUAAAGAAGAUCCCCACAUUUAGUAUUGAGGGAAAAGCUGAAAUAAAUCUGAAUGAUGAAGAAAAAGACCUGACCAACAAAUUCUCCUGCAAAUUCUUCGGAGACUUCAUUCUGAAAAACAACCCUGCGACAUUUGAAGAGGCGGUGAAGGUCUACGUUCAACUUCCACAGCUACUGGGAGAAAAAGGAGAGAAUGCUGUUCCACUGAAGGUCUGGCUGAUGCCACUGAAGAAUCUGGACACUGAAGCUGCUGAGUUGUCAAGAGAGAUCAGCAACGCACUAGUGGAGAGGGUGCAGGAUGCUCUGGAAGAUUUAAGCGAAACAGGAAUCAGAUGCAAUGAUUCUCUGGAAGACAGAGUGGUAGAAAAUUUCCCAGUCAUUCGAGAAGAAUUAAGCCAUUUCCAAAAAUUGUGCAGUCACUUUGCAACUAACCUCCGACAGAGCUUGGCGAAGAAACUUCCCUCCAUCCGUGAUGGUGAAGCAGAUGAGAGCUCAGUAGAAGAACUCUUUGAAGACCGAGACAAGUCGCCAUUCAGUCGUGAAAAACUGAGCAAGUGGCUGGAUGACAAAGAGAGAGAAAUCAACGUUAUCAGAUCCUGUGUAGAUAUCAUGGAGGGAAUAAAGAUCGUCCCAAAUCAGUCAGAGCUGGACAGAGAGGUUCUUGCUCCAGGUGUAGAGAAUGCUCUGUGCUUUGUUUUCACCUCCAUGGAAAGAGGUGAUACCUACCUGGAUCUGAUGGCCACCUACUUAAAGUUACCUACAUCAGGAAGUACCAAUGAAGAGCCAUGGUACUUCUCAGACGAGAUUUACAGCAACAUGAGAAAAAAAGCCAAAGCUUUGCAUGGCUUUGCCAAAGCACAGAGGAACAACAACAGGUUGCGUAUUCUCAUAGCAACCAUAGCAAAUGAGAAAUACAAAGGGGCAACCAUCUAUCAUUACAAGGAGGGCAAUCUGGCCAGUGAAGACUUUACAAAGCCUGACCCCCCUGAUGUGGAGACCAUCACUGACAGAGAAGAUCUGAUCUGGUAUGCCACUGAUCUCACCCUGGACCCAAACACUGCAAACGGCUACCUCACUCUGUCUGAGGGAGACAAGAAGGCAACAUGUGGAGAACAGCAGUCAUACCCUGAUCACCCAGAGAGGUUCGAUACACAUCCUCAGGUGCUGUGCAAAGAGGGCUUAACUGGCCGCCAUUACUGGGAGGUAGAGUGGAGUACUGGCUCCAUAGAAUCUGUUUAUGUUGCUGUUGCAUACAAGGGAACUGAAAGAAAAGGGGAAAGUUCAGAGUUUGGAUUUAAUACCAUGUCGUGGGCUGUUGGCCAGCACCACGAUUCAUCUUAUCACCUUGUGAGGGCAUAUCAUAAUGGUAAGCAGUGGGAAACUGCUUUUCCCUCUGAUGGCUGUGACAAAGUCGGGGUGUAUCUGGACUGGCCUGCUGGCACUCUGUCCUACUACAGAGUCUCAUCUAACACUCUGCGUCACCUCUACACCUUUCGCACCAAAUUCACUGAGCCUGUUUACCCAGGCCUUUUAGGUGUAGGUCUGUUAGUCUAUGCAUACCUGUGUCCAGUUCAGUUGAAGCCAUGACAAACACUUGUUAGAUUGCUGGUCUGUCAGAAGGGACACAGGUUCAUAUUCAAAGUUUAAGAAGCAACCUAACAUCCUAUUUUAGCCUAUACAUCCCUCAAAAAUAAAAAAAAUGCAUUCAAACCCAGAGAGACCAGGAAAAUCGAUGAUGUCAUAAAGUGACUUUAAACAUCAUUUUCUAUUUUUCAGUUCAUGUUGAUUCGAUGCACAGCCUUCUUCUCAAACAGCUCCGUGCUUCACUUUCAGUUUUGCUUGGUACAUCACACAAUAUGUUUUAACUGUUUUCAUUUCUAUUGUAAUUCCUGAUACUUAAAGAUACAGAGCUUAUAUUGAAUCACAGUUACUUUGUGAACACAAAUAUGUUGACGUAGAAACUCACAGCUCAUGUAAAAGGA